AUGAGGAUCAUAUAUUUGCUUCUACUUAUAUCCUUAGUGUGCAUAGUGAGCGCGAAAUAUUUGCCCGAUGAAAACACUUCGAGAAGCUUGCUACGCAGUAAAAGAUCUAUAGGAGAUGAGACAGAUGAUUCAGAGCAAAAUGAGAGUAAUGAAAGUGAUGAUGAUAGCGAUGAUGAAGAUAAUGAUUCUUUUGAACUAAAAAAACAAAAAGAAAUUGAAAAGCUGCAGAAGAAAUAUGCUGAAGAGCAGCAUAAAUUGGAAGCAAAAAGGGCAAAAGAGGAACGUAAAAGAGAAGAACAAUUACUAAAAGAACAAAGAAAAAGGGAAGAAUUUGAAGCUAAAAUUAAAGAAGAAGAACGCAAACUUCAAGAGAAGCUGGAAAAGGAUCAACGUAAGCAGCAAGAGAAACUAGCAAAGGAAGAACUUAAAAGAGCGGCAAAAAAAGCCAAGGAAGAACUUAAGCGCCAGGAGAAAAUACGUAAACAAAUAGAAAAACUAGAAAAGACAACAUUAGAAUCGAAAACCAAAUUGGUAGAUUCAUCGGAGUCUGGGGAAGAUUUAGACUUUGAAGAUAUUUGGAGAAAUUACAUUUAUCAGAAAUAUGGUCUAACUGAAAAUAGUACCGAUUUGGAAAAAGACGCGGCCGUAAAUAAGUAUAUACAAGAAGAGCUGAGUUUGAACGCUAAUAGUACCAGGACUGAAUAUCGUCAAGCGGUCUUACAAUUAGUGAAUAAUAGAUUAUUAGGAGGUAACUCAUCUUCAGGUUUUCAUAAUUAUUUAGUAAGCCAUGUAAACGCUGUUCACAUACAAAAGUUGCAGGCUGAUUUAGAAAAUAAAAUUUCUGAAUUAGAGAAUGAUACAGCUUUAUUACAAAAUGUAAGUUUGCCUUGGGCACCUGAAGCAAAGCAAGCAAUCGGGGAAGAGAAAUCUAUUCUUACUGCAAUUGCUCAAUACUUAACAGACAUUGUACCCUCUUGGAUCAUUGGAGGAAAACCUGAAUCGAAUACUAGCGUGUCAUCACCACCAACCUCUGGAAUCUCACCUAGUGCUGUCUCGAAUACAGAAUCAUCAAAUGCUGGCUUAGUUCCAAACAGCAACGAGAGUUCUACAUCAGAGUCUAACAAUGUUGGACAAGUGGAUGGUACUGUUGUAGUUGCUAUUGAUUCCGUUACUGCUAAUGGAGCUGAAACUUCUGAUUCGGAUGUCAACGCCAAUUCAAAUAUUGACUCUCAUACAACCUCUUCUAAUAUCGGAUUAAAUGAAAAUAGUUUUAUAGGUCAAUCUACAGCAACAAUAGUAGAUAGCAAUGGACAUGAAGUUUCUGAUCCCACUGCAGUAUGGGGUCCCGCUGUGUCUGAAGGAUCUACAAAUAAUAUUCUUCUUUCCAACACGUCUGCUGGUAACAGUCCUUCAGGUUAUGCCACCUCCAAUGUAAACAAUUCUUCUAGUAUAUUGAAUCCUGUGGUAUCUGGCGCUAAUGUGAACAUAAACGUUUCUGCAAGUUCUCCUAAUUUAGAUGUAAAUGAAAAUAGUUUAAUAGAUCAAUCUAUUAUAUCCUCGGACGAUAGCAAUGCUUCCGAAGGUAAUAUUGAUACUUCUAUUUCGGGUUCCACUGCCGCUUCUAACUCGCCUGUUGAUGCUAGCUCCAAUGGAUCCCAAGGAUCUAAUGAUAAACCAGUCGCAGUUUCCAAUGUUGAUGAAGCUUCUUUGGUUAUAUCCUGCACUGUUAGCGACGUCUCCUCCCUUGAUACACCCGUCACGGGUUCAAUCGAUUCUCAAUCUACUGGGUCUAGUGUUUCAAUCUCGGCUUCUCCUAGUGGUGAGUUAUCAACGUUCAAUAAUAACUUUACGACCGGCACUGAAGCGUCUUCUAAUACCAUGACUUCUGAUGCCGAUGCAAUUGCACACAUCUCAAACAACAAUGACUCUAUUGCAAAUUUUAAUAUUCAAUCGGUUGUUGAAAGUGGAAUUAGUGACAACCCUUCUACUACCAACGUUUCUAUGAAUACUGAUAAUACUGUAAGCACCGAUGCUGGAAUUACUUCUUCAAUUAAUACCGUCAGUAUUAUUUCUCCAGAUCAGUCUCAAAGCACUGGAAAACCUGAAACUGGCAACUUAACUGGAACAUUAACAAGUGAUGCUACUUCUAAUGAAGGACAAAUAGCUGAUUCAGUUUCUUCUAGUACAGGUUCCUCUGUAAAUAUUGUUAGUGAUGUUACUUUAGAUACUGUUACUGAUGGAAUUGCAAUAGAAGUAGAAAGCAGUGGUGUAAAUGCAGAAAGUUCUGUAGACAUAAACAAACCUUUGAAUAGCGCAGCUGAUCCCACCUCAAUAAAUGCUGUGUCUGAAGCGGAGCCCACAAAAGUCUCAUCAUCUAGUGACGGUGUUUCUAUUUCUGUGUCAUCAAAUAUUCCAGUAUCUGGUACUGAAACGAAUAGUCUUCCAACUGAAAUCCCUGUGGUGGCAGUUCAAGUUAAUAAUGCUAAUGGUCCUCCAUCUGAAACCCAUAUUGUGGCAGUUGAAGUUAAUGAUGCUAAUAGUCUUCCAUCUGAAACUCCUGCAGAGGCAGUUCAGGUCACUGAAGUUAUUAAUAUUCCAUCUGAAACCCCUGUCGAGGCAGUUCAGGUCACUGAAGCUAGUGGUCUUGCAUCUGAAACCCCUGUGGUGGCAGUACAGGUCACUGAAGCUAAUGGUCUUCCAUCUGAAACCCCUGUAGAAGUAGUUCAGGUCACUGAAGCUAAUAGUCUUCCAUCUAAAACCCCUGUAGAAGCAGUUCAGGUCAUUGAAGCUAAUGGUCUUCCUUCCGAAACCCCUGUCGAUUCAUUACAGGUUUCUGAAGCUAACAGUCUUCCAUCUGAAACUCCUGCAGAGGCAGUUCAGGUCACUGAAGUUAUUAAUAUUCCAUCUGAAACCCCUGUCGAGGCAGUUCAGGUCACUGAAGCUAGUGGUCUUGCAUCUGAAACCCCUGUGGUGGCAGUACAGGUCACUGAAGCUAAUGGUCUUCCAUCUGAAACCCCUGUAGAAGUAGUUCAGGUCACUGAAGCUAAUAGUCUUCCAUCUAAAACCCCUGUAGAAGCAGUUCAGGUCAUUGAAGCUAAUGGUCUUCCUUCCGAAACCCCUGUCGAUUCAUUACAGGUUUCUGAAGCUAACAGUCUUCCAUCUGAAACUCCUGCAGAGGCAGUUCAGGUCACUGAAGUUAUUAAUAUUCCAUCUGAAACCCCUGUCGAGGCAGUUCAGGUCACUGAAGCUAAUAGUCUUCCAUCUAAAACCCCUGUAGAAGCAGUUCAGGUCAUUGAAGCUAAUGGUCCUCCAUCUGAAACCCCUGUGGUGGCAGUUCCAGUUAAUGAUGAUAAUGGUCCUCCAUCUGAAACCCCUGUCGCAACAGCACAGGUUAAUGUAGAUAAAUUAGAGGCUGCCGCAUCAAACACUGAUGUGAAUAUGGCUGAGACGACUGACUCCACUAUUGCUCCUCCUACCACUUCAGGGCUUUCUGUAAGCAGUGACACACUUCCCACCAGUCAAGAACCUGCUGCUGCGACUAGUAUAGUAACGGUUGAAGAAGUUGCGAAUAUAUCUGAAGCACCAUAUUCAGAUGUUGUUAUCAGUGUAACUGAAACUGCCGGUCCUAAAGUAAUUACCAAUGAAACAAUUGUAGUAAAUAGUACUACAGUUAACAAAGAUGUAUCAGUUGCCCAACCUGAAGAAGUAGCUAAUACGCCCGUCUCAAUAGAAACUCAAACUUCUCUAUCGGAAAAUGAAGUGCCUGUUGCAGUUAUUUCCCAACCAACAGUCGAUAACGUUUUAGAUGUGAAUGGGGUACUUUCGUCCUCUACAGUAAAUAUUGUGACAGAUAAUGGAGAAUCAACUUCAGUAUCCUCUGUUAAUGUUGUUGAUGCUGUAACAACAGACCCAUUCCAUUCUAAACCUUUAGCUGUAGAGACACCUGCUAGCGUAGAACCUGACUUAACCUCAGUAAGUACCGAUAAUGUUGCAUCAUUUACAGCCACUUCUGCAAGUGACAUAACUGUAUCGAAUGACGUUACAUUAGCACCUGAAUCAGAAACUGUGGCAAAUGAUGCGAGUUUAAUUGGCACCGGCAAUGUUAUUGUGAUAACAGAAGUACCACAAGCAGCACAGAACACAAACACUCCUUUUGUCCCUGAAGAAGUAGGUGCUUCCAUAUUAGAAGUAACACAACAGUAUUAG